AUGGCUUCUGGAGCAUACAUAUUCUGCCCUAAUGGCACAGUUCCAAUCAAGACUGAUGGUCAGGUUCUUCUCACAGUUCUGCGUGGGCCCAUAUUGGAUGAAGUGCACCAGCAGAUAAAUUCAUGGAUAUAUCAGAUUACCAGAGUUUACAAGGGGAAGGACUAUGUGGAAAAUGAAUUUAUAGUUAAUGUGGAGGAUGACAGCAAAGAGUUGUCUGUACUGGUAGACAGGUCAAUUGGAGGUUCCAGUAUAAAGGAUGAACAAAUAGAGCUAAUGCUACACAGAAAUAUAAUGCGAAAUAUCUCUUUGAAAUUUGAACAGAUAGAAGGAAAGUACUAUAUAAAAAUAGAUCCACAAGGAGAAGGAGCUCGGUGGCGUCGGACAUUUGGCCAGGAAAUAUACUCCCCUCUCCUUGUUUUCACAGAGCAGGCUGGAGGUAACUGGGCGAAUUCGCAUGUUGCAAAAUUCUCUGCCAUGGAUUCAACUUACAGCUUGCCUGAUAAUGUUGCAAUGCUUACCUUUCAGGAGCUUGAAAAUGGAAGUGUUCUACGGUUUGCUCAUCUAUAUGAGGUUUUGCACUGUAUCCUUACUUUCGGUUGUUACAGGUCAGGCCGGGGGCAGGGAGCACAAGGAUCUUUCAGCUUUAGCGAGUCUUGA